CCGCUUUCGUUUUCAGUUGUCAGGAAGGUUAGUGGUUGUACACAGUCAGUACAACGGGUUAUUCUCUCACAAUGGCACUGACCUUUUUCCCCUCAUUGUUUCCUGCAGUGUCAAGAUUGAGUACAACAUGCUGUUUCUUUAGUUCAUCUCAAAAACUGUAUGAAAUAAGGAAGAUGGCAAGAAUGAGAAUAGUUGACAACAGUGCUAUUGGUAAAGCUGCAUCUAAUGUUGGUAAACCAGCAAGAGUUAUUCAUGUUUAUAAUAAAAGAGAGGUGGGCUUGCUUGGAGACAAGGUUCUUGUGACAGUCAAGGGUGAAAUGAAGCGUGCCUAUAUUGUUGGACUAAGGAAGAAUCAGGCACCCAAUGUACCUCGUAUGGACACCAACAAUAUUGUUUUAGUUGAUGACAAUGGCAAUCCCCUGGGAAAUAGAAUUAUGGUACCCAUACCAUCCUCACUCAGGGGUAAAAAAGGAGAUUUAACCAAAAUUUUAUCCUUGGCCACAAGAUUUGUUUAGUUUUAUACUUUCUUUUUUUUUAAUCUCAAAAUAAAAGAUAAAUGAAAAAAGUUUUUUGUAUGCAUUGGACUGUGAGCAGCUGAUAGUUGGAAGCUAUAGGGUUUGGACAGUGGAUAGUUGGUAGCUAGGGUUUGGAUAGUGG